AUGUUAUUAUUUCUAUUUGUAUAUUUUCUUUUAUUUAUUUCUUCAAUACAAACUUGUCCUUUAAAAAUUGUUGAUACACGUUCUGGUUGUUAUUGUGGAAUAGAAAUCGAUGGUACAAAUUAUAUUCAAUGUCAUCCAUAUUCAAUAAAUCAAAUACCAGAAUUUACACGUUCAUAUAUUCAUGAUAAAUUAAAUCUAUCUCGAAAUUCUAUUGAAUAUUUAACAAAUAAAUCAUUUCAACAAUUAAAAGUAAAACGUAUUUAUUUAGAAUAUAAUCCAAUAAAAUCAAUUGAUAAACAAACAUUUAAUCAUAAUAAUUUACUUCAUUAUCUCGAAGAACUUUAUAUCGAUACAUUAAAUAAUCAUACAUUAGAAUUUUUAUGUUAUGGUACAUGGAAAAAUCUUCGUAUACUUAAAUUAUCUGGUUUUAAUCUCAAUCAAUAUCAAUAUUGUUUAGAAAAAUUUUAUCGUCUUGAAAAAUUAAUUAUUCAAAAUUCACAAAUUCCGUUUCUAUCAUAUUAUAUGUAUCAACUACCAGUUCUAUAUGAAUUAUCAUUAAUUAAUAAUUCGUUAAAAGAAUUUGCAAUUGAUGAACAAUCUAUAUCAUCAAUUCGUAUAUUAAAUUUAACAUCAAAUCAAUUUCAUACAAUACCAAAUGAUAUAAAUAUUCGUUUACCAAAUUUAAUUACAUUAGAUCUUUCACAUAAUUUUAUUGAACAAAUACCAAAUUUACAACAAACGACAAUCUUGUAUUUAAAUUUAAGUUAUAAUCAAAUUAAUUCGUUCGAAAUCAAACAAAAUCAAUAUUUUAUUGAUUUAUCAUCGAAUCCAAUAUGUACAAUAGAUAAAACAAAUGAUUUAACAAAUAUAUUACUAAAUAAUUUAACUAAUCUUCAUUGUGAUUGUCGAUUAGGAUAUUUUUUAAAAGAUAAUUUAUUUGAUAAUCAAACAAUAUGUUCAACACCGGAUAUAUUUCAUGGUUUAUAUGUUAAAGAUUUAACAUACGAACAAUUAAUGAGUGUAUGUUUAAUAGAUUUACCUCUUAAUUGCAAAGAAAUAACAAAUUUUAAAGAAAUUCAACAAUAUGCUCAAUAUUUUAUUAAUACAACAGAACAAAUUGUGAAUACAACAAAAAUAACUGAAACAAUACGAAAUCUUAAUAAUGAAGAAAUUAAUGUUUCAUCUUUUCGUUUAACAUCAUUCUAUACACUUUAUGAAAAUAAUGAUUUAUUAAUCUUUUGGGAUUUUGACACUUUAUUAACAGAUUAUCUUUUAACAGCACAACUUCAAAUUAUAAUUGAACAUGAAUCUCAAAUUAUUCGACGUAGUAAAUAUCUUUCACCAUAUGUUAAACAAUAUAUUAUACCUCAUAUACCACCAAAUAAAAAUUAUUAUGUAUGUUUAUUAUUGAAACAAUCAUCAUAUGGUACUAAUAAAUAUUGUCGAGAAGUAAUUCUAUUAACUAAUCAAACAUUUUCUCAAUUAUUAUAUGUAAAUCGUUCGAUUGUAUUUGGCUUUUUUACUGGUACAAUUCUUACAACAUGUCUUUUAGUAACAUUAGCUUUUAUUUGUCAUUUACAUUAUAAACGAAAACAUUUUUAUCCAUUAUAUCAUCAUCCACAUCAGCAUCAUCAUCAUCAUCAUCCUCAUCAACAACAACGUUAUAUGUAUAUUCAUCGAACUAAUGACGAAGGAACAUAUAAACAUUCAAUUCUUUCUUCUUCAUUAUCAAAACAACAACGUCGUCGAGGACAUUUAAAACCACUUCCACCUUGGUAUCAACAAACAUCAAAGCAAUUAUCAUCAAUUCCUCGUUCACCUUGUUGUCUUUUACAAUAUCAUGAUAGAACAUUAAGUGGUAGUACAACAACAAAUCGUAUGAUAAGUUUAUCAUCAGAAUACAGUAAUGGAAUUGAUAAAGAACCAAUGACAUCAACAUCAAUUAUGAGUAAUAUGAGUUUAGAUGAUCAAGAAAGUCAUACAAUUCAAAGUCCAACUAAACAUGUUUAUGAAGAACUUGGUGAUAAUAAUUUAUUAGUUUAA